AUGGUUAUUUGGACCAUUAUCAGUGUCACUUUCCUCCCGGUAUUCAAGGACAUAGAAAGCAACGAGCUCAGGUACGAUUUCCGCUGUGGCGGAGCUAAGAUUGCAGACGUCGACUUCGUCCGUGGAAAAUGUUACGAGAACUAUUUGACGCAGUACAACAAAUUCGGUUUUCCUGUCUAUGGCUUCGUACUCCUCUAUUCAGCCAUUAUUGCACUUGUAUGUGUCAUUUACACCUUCAUUGCGAGGUCCAAAAUCAGUCAACCAUCGCAAGGCAUCAGUAUCGGUGAUCAAGAGAGGCAGCUGCUCGACCAAGAGACUGCUUUAUUAACUGGAAGAAUGCUUUUUUUCGCUUAUUUCUCUCACCUAUCGAUAAGAGUUCUUUUUGGAGUCGCUUAUUUAAUCGUACAAACUCAAUUGCUUUAUCCAUUAGAGUUUCCCUCUACCUUUGACUGUUAUUUAACCAAUGGAACCACUCAGCCAAGGAAUUCAGCCCAAACCUUUACUUUACAUGACUGUCUUAAUCAACGAGCGAAAUAUAAAACCUUCUGGAUGUACUUUGUCUUUGUGGUGAAUGCAGCUCUUGUCACUGGCAUUGGGGUUGAAACUAUCUACCUUUUUACACGGGCAUUCACUGAAAGGAGUUUCAUGCAAGACUCAAAGUUUCUAAAAGCCCAUUUAGGUUACAAGCCAUACCGAAAACGAAAGUUUACAAAAUUCGUGAAACACACAAAGAAAAUAAUUGAUCAAGAGACCCAGGGACUUUUAGAACUCCAAUCACCUUUUUUAGGUGAUCCAGGCGACGACACAACAGCUAAACAUUUGACUCUCGAUCAGAUUUACAGAAAUUGCGUGGUAAUUCAGAACAGAGAAACGUAUGACUUUCCGAAAAACCGAGAGGAGCAGCUCAAAGUUUAUAGAAGGUCGCACUUACAACCGAAAAGCCGGGAAGACCUUCUGAAUGUGGAAAACAAGAAAGUUUUAAUCGUCUGUCGACCCGGAAUCGGCAAGACAUUAUAUUGUAUCAAACUUCUCAGAGACUGGGCAUUGGAUAAAGUUUUCAAAGCGACGCCAGGUGCUAAAGUCCAUUUUUAUGUUGCUUUCUUGAUAAAAUGCAGAAGAUUCAACUCAGCCGACGAACUAAGCCUCAGGGAACUGUUUAUGAGAUCCGAGUAUUUCCCCAAAUAUUACAUGGAUGACGUGCUCUGGUAUCACCUCCAAGAGAACCCUGAAGGUGUUCUCAUACUUUUUGACGGAUUCGACGAAUACAAACAUGACGAAAACACAGCCGAGGAGCCCAUUUAUCCCAAAAGCAUUGAAGAUAAAAAGCCGCUCCAAAUCCUCUAUCAAUGGCUUGUGACCGGGAAACUUCUUAAAGGGGUUUCAGUGUUAACCACCACGAGAUCUACGGCUUUGUCGGACUUGAGACACCUUUCGUUUGACAAAAUGUACGAGAUUCUCGGAUUUUCAUCGGAACAAGUUGAACAAUAUGUCUACAAAUUAACCGGAGAGGAAGAGGAGGCGGGUAAAAAACUAUGGCGACACAUCAACAGCAACAUGAAUUUGCUUUCGCUCUGUUAUGUCCCUGUAAACAGCUUCAUUAUGUGCACAAGUCUGUUACAAGUACUGCAGUUCGACAGUGCCACUGUUACCCUGCCGUCCGAAUUAACCAGGAUUUACAAGAUUGCAGUGAAAGUGUUUUAUUUCAAACGCACGGAAGAAUUCCGCGAUAAAAAUUUCGUUCGCGAAUACUUUGAAUCAGAUGAAUUGCCUGAAAUAGUGGUGAAGAAAUUCGAGAAAUUAGGAAGAGUGGCGUUUGAAGGAAUCAAAGAAGGAAAGCUGAUCCUAGGAGGAAACGAAGUACGCGGAAUGGAAGACAGCGCGCUUUUUCACCGCUUACCCGACCGUCAAACUGACUUAUUAAAACAUGAAAAACAAUUCUGUUUCAUUCAUCUGACAAUGCAAGAGUUUUUCGCAGCGAGGUACUUGACAAACAUGAGUGAAACAGAAUUGAGAAACUUUGUUUCCGAGAACAUCAAAAACGGCAAAUGGCAGCUGGUUUUUCAGUUUCUUGCAGGACUUAUGGAGGAUAAAAGUCACCUACCAAGCGAAAUUAUCACUGAUCUUCUUCCUGUUGAAACCGAAGAAAUAGAAAGCGCAGAUUACAGCGAAAAGUGGACAGAGAAUGACGAGAAAAGGAAAGUGACCAGUUGGCCGACUAGAGACGAACGAGAUUUAACAGUGACAUUAAUCAAAUGUAUAAACGAAAACAGUAGAAUGAAGAUAGAAGCACAGAGAAAACUUCAACAAACUAACCUCAAUUUGGUAAAUUUUAUUUCUUGUCACCUCACAGCUGUUGAGUGCUCUUCGUUAGUAAAUGUAAUUAAUGUGCAACAAAUUUCACAUUUAGAUUUGAGUCACAAUAACAUUGGUCCAUUAGGUUGUUUGGAGAUUUGCAAAUUGUUAAAAUGUAGGGAAUCUCAACUGAGCUGGUUAAACCUCACAGGCAAUCAAUUGAUAGCUGAGGGAGCAAAGUAUUUAAGUGAAGCCAUCAACAGCAACAACUGUCAGCUACGCAUGUUAGACCUCAGAAGAAAUAACAUCUCAAACAUUGGAGCACAGCUCUUGGCUGAAGCCAUCGAUGACUGUCAGCUACACACAUUAAACCUCUCAUCCAAUGAAAUCUCAGACAUUGGAGCACAGCACAUGGCUAAAGCCAUCAACAACUGUCAGCUACGCAAGUUAGACCUCUCAAUGAAUAACAUUUCAGACACUGGAGCACAGCACUUGACUGAAGCCAUCAGCAACAACUGUCAGCUACGCACAUUAGACCUCUCAGUAAAUAACAUCUCAAACAUUGGAGCACAGCACUUGGCUGAAGCCAUCAACAACAACAACUGUCAGCUACGUACAUUAAAACUCUUAUACAAUCAUAACAUCACAAAUGUUGGUAAGCAAGAUGUUCGUAAUUUACUAAGCAAUGGUCAGUCUAAGUGUAAGCUAUAUUUUUAG